CAAGGCUGCACCUGUCAUUCUUCGUAGAUGUGACACACUGGGUUUGUGACGUUGAGGCCCGGAUGAUCGGCGAUGAUCAACGAUGGCGAGUGGAUCCUGCUGAGCGAAAAGUCUGGCGGCCAACAUGAGCCGAUGCUGACGAACAAAGAUGGCACCCGAAUUCUCAAGCCUGUGGACGAGGCUGACAGGACUUCCCAGCGAGAAGUGUUGGCAUACAAAGCACUUGCCAAGUCUUCACUGGGACCAUUUCUUUGUAAAUUCCACAGGAUUCGCAAGGUUGGCGAUGUUCAAUACAUGGAACUUGAUAGUGCUUAUGCAGGUUUGCAAGGACCAACUGCCACUAUGGACAUCAAGAUCGGCAAGAAGACCUGGGAAGACGACGCUUCCCCGGCAAAGGUGGCCAAGGAGUCGAAGAAGUUUGAUGAAGUUUAUUCAAAAAGCAGCGCAAUGGAUGGCUUCAGGGUAGCUGGGAUGAAAGCAGGCGAUCUAGUUCUGAAGUCCAGCAACCUGAAAGCUCGAUUCAGCUUGAAAACUGAGGAGUUUGCUAGCUGGCUGUUGCCAGCUUUUUUUGCUUGCCCUCCAGGCUUUGGGCAGUUACCAGCAGGUGUUGGGGAAAAGCCAGACGCCCGCGGUUGCGACAUUGACAUGCUCACAGCUGCAGAUGUUCUUGAGAAAGUCCGCGCCAUCAGUGAAGCAGCUGAAAUGGGCUUCGGGGGAACUCUCAGGGCUUCCAGCUUGCUUUUUACCCGAGAAAUGCGUUUGGGAGGGAAAUGCACUGUACAUCUGAUUGAUUUUGCACACUUUUCUCCAUCCAAUGACUUGCCCAUGGGCGAUCGUGAUGCAAACUUUUGCGAUGGUCUCCAGAACCUGAUUGGAGUCUGGCAAGAUUGGUGUCCACGGUUGCCUGAACGAGGAUGGUGUACUUGUUGUGGACGGCGCAAGUGAUCGCUUUCCAUACAACUGUACUUGCUGCCACUGAUGUUUUUUGGAUUCAAUCUACGUCUUUGGUGGCAUGUGUGGAAUUUGUGUAAUAGCGAAGUGGUGUCCUGCUAAUAAACAAAAGGGAUCAACCAUAAAGUAGCGAAUGAUAAGAUCCCACCUUUUGCUGCGUGCUGUUUCUUCCCGACGCGGAAGCCAUAUAAUAUAAAUUCAUAUAAAUUCUAUUGCAUUCUUGUUGAUGAGCAUGUUAAAA